CUCCUCCCCCGGGCUGCAACUGUUCCCAGGCUGGGGGGAUUGCCCUCACCCCUGAACUUUCCCCUUCUCGGACGCCCUCCUUUUCUGUUGUCCCUUCGUGCCCCAAACCACAACCUGGAGCGCACUCGCCCGCGCGGCCUGCAGCGGGGACGGUGCGCCGGGGGCCCAGGCCCUAGAGUCGCGUGCGCGGCCCCUUUUUCCCCUUUUCCCCCCCCCCCCCGGGCCCACCCCCGGGCCGCGCUGAUUGGGCAGGUAGGGACUCUGCCCAGCGGAAAGUUUUGGGUGCCGGGAGGAAGUUCAACCUUUGGGAGACUCCAAGAGAGCAGCUCCGGGGUCGGCGGGGUCUGGGUGGCCAUGGAGGAGCCCCCUGUGCGAGAAGAGGAAGAGGAAGAGGGAGAGGAGGACGAUGAGAGGGACGAGACUGAGGACGAGGAGAGGGACGAGGCUGGGCCCGAAGGGGCGCUGGGCAAGAGCCCCUUCCAGCUGACCGCCGAGGACGUGUAUGACAUCUCCUACCUGUUGGGCCGCGAACUUAUGGCCCUGGGCAGCGACCCCCGGGUGACGCAGCUGCAGUUCAAAGUCGUCCGCGUCCUGGAGAUGCUGGAGGCGCUGGUGAAUGAGGGCAGCCUGGCGCUGGAGGAGCUGAAGAUGGAGAGGGACAACCUCAGGAAGGAGGUGGAGGGGCUGCGGAGACAGGACCCUCCGACCAGCGGGGAGGUGAAGAUGGGGCCAAACAAAUAUGGUGUUGACUUGACAGAUCUCCCAACCGACCGCUUCACUCUGCGGGAGGCUAGGACGUGCUGAGAGGAACGCAACAAACUAAGUCGCGCUCCUUGGGUGGUGCAGGAAGAGCUGGCGUGCUACAAGAGUGGCCUGAUUCCACCAAGAGAAGGCCCAGGAGGAAGAAGAGAAAAAGAUGCUGUGGUUACUAGGGCCAACAAUGCUGGCAGGAACAAGGAGGAGAAGACAAUCAUAAAAAAGCUGUUCUUUUUUCGAUCGGGGAAACAGACCUAGAUCCAAGGCCACGACUAAGGCUAUGGCUCUGAUUCUGGAUGACAACCUUCCAAGAUGCCUGGCAAAGCCACCUCUCUGUGCCACACAGACACACUGGGCCUGCGUAUUCAUUUCCCCUUCAAAGCAGACUGAGGAGGGAGGAGACAAGGUUCUCUUGGCAUCACUUUCUCCCUGACUGCGGAAGUAGACACCGUUGAAGAUUUGGCCUGGGCCAGUGAAGCAGAAAUCAAGAAAAACAGAAGGGAUGUGUGGGGGUUGGGGCCCACUUCCUGCUCCUACGUCAACCCCUAGGGCCUCCUGCGUGCAGAUGCAUGUCCUAUUCAUCUGCUCCCAGGGAUGACCCUGGUCUUCAAUGUUUAGCAGAAAGGAGAAAAGAAAGCAGGAAAAUGUGCUAUUGAUAUUCCAGUGGUGACUUCACUGAUAUUUAGUGAAUAUUUGAUUUAGCCAACAUGCCUUUCUUUAUGUGAUUUUGUAUUAAAGUAAAAUGACUUUUAUACUUUCUAUA